AUCAUGAAUCGAAAUUUCGGUUUUGGUCUUCUUGCAUGUCUGGUUCUCAUUCUGCUUAUAAUUUCAAUCGGUGUUCCAAAAUGGCCCUGUCCAGGAAAUAUUUUUGGAACGAAUUGCAUUCAAAACCACGCAUUUAAGGUCGUAGGAUUUUUGUUGGCAGCUGCGAUUGUUGGGGCCCUACUUGUCGCCAUUUUCUUACUUUUGGUAAACCUCCAAGGUUCAUCUCGAAUGGCUAUUGCGGCAAUUGUAGCAGCAGGAAUCACUGCUCUUCUGGCCAUUGCUGGUGUCUUUUAUCUCGCCAAUCGACUAAUACCCUUGAGUCCGAUUUUGGCCGCAUUCGGUGCAGGAAUUGCACUUGCCCUCUUUGUGGCACUUCUCUUUGAUUAUAAAAGUUAA